GGUGAGAGCGGGCGGCGGGUCCGGGUCCGGGUCCGGGUCCGGGGGGCGACGGGCGGGCGCUCGGCGGGGCCAUGGCGCUGCGUGCGCGGGCGCUCUACGACUUCAGGUCGGAGAACCCGGGGGAGAUCUCGCUGCGGGAGCACGAGGUGCUGAGCCUGUGCAGCGAGCAGGACAUCGAGGGCUGGCUGGAGGGCGUAAACAGCCGCGGCGACCGCGGCCUCUUCCCGGCCUCCUACGUGCAGGUGAUCCGCGCCCCCGCCGCCGAGCCGCCGCCGCCCGCCCGUUACGCCAACGUCCCCGCCGGCGGCUUCGAGCCGCUGCCGCCGCCCGCCGCCUUCAAGCCGGCCGCGCAGCAGCCCGAGCCCUUCCCGCUGCCGCCCGCCGCCGCCGGGUACCCCUUCCCGCCGGCGCCCUACGGCGGCUCCUACCAGCCCAGCCAGGGCAGCGAUGACGACUGGGACGACGACUGGGACGACAGCUCCACGGUGGCGGACGAGCCGGGCGCCCUGAGCAGUUCCUACCCCGACUACGAGGCGGCGGGCGGCGGCGCUGCGCCGGGCCGAUACCGGCUGUCCACGCGUUCCGAGCUGUCGCUGGGCUCCCGCGGCGGCGGCCACCCCGCGGGACACCCACACCCGUCCGGCGGCGGCGGGGCCAAGAGCUCGGCCACCGUGAGCCGCAACCUCAACCGCUUCUCCACCUUCGUCAAGUCGGGCGGGGAGGCCUUCGUGCUCGGAGAGGCGUCGGGCUUCGUAAAGGACGGGGACAAGCUGUGCGUGGUGCUGGGCCCCCGCGGCCCCGAGUGGCAGGAGAACCCAUACCCCUUCCAGUGUUCCAUUGAGGACCCCACCAAGCAGACCAAGUUCAAGGGCAUGAAGAGCUACAUUGCCUACAAGCUGGUGCCCAGCCACACCGGGCAGCAGGUGCACCGCCGUUACAAGCACUUUGACUGGCUCUACGGGCGCCUGGCUGAGAAGUUCCCUGUCAUCUCCGUGCCCCACCUGCCUGAGAAGCAGGCUACCGGCCGCUUUGAGGAGGACUUCAUAUCCAAACGUCGCAAAGGCCUGGCCUGGUGGAUGGACCACAUGUGCAGUCACCCCGUGCUGGCGCAGUGUGAUGCCUUCCAGCAUUUCCUCACUUGUCCCAGCACGGAUGAGAAGGCCUGGAAGCAGGGCAAGCGCAAGGCCGAGAAAGACGAGAUGGUGGGUGCCAACUUCUUCCUGACCAUCAGUGUCCCCACUGGCCCUGGGGCUGUCCUGGACUUGCAGGAAGUGGAAAGCCAGGUGGAUGGCUUCAAAGCCUUCACAAAGAAGAUGGAUGAGAGCGCCCUGCAGCUUAAUCACACCGCCAAUGAGUUUGCCCGCAAACAAGUCACUGGAUUCAAGAAGGAAUAUCAGAAGGUGGGGCACUCCUUUAAGUGCCUCAGCCAGGCAUUUGAGCUGGACCAGCAGGCCUUCUCUGCUGGCCUCAACCAAGCUAUAGCCUUCACUGCAGAAGCCUACGACACCAUCGGGGACCUGUUUGCAGAUCAGCCCCGACAGGACCUAGAUCCUGUGAUGGAUUUGUUAGCGCUGUAUCAGGGGCAUUUGGCCAACUUCCCAGACAUCAUCCAUGUCCAGAAAGGUCUGAAGGUUCAUUGGAUUGAGCCCUACAGUGAAGAACGUAAUGGGAUGGAAAUGCUGCAGUUCCAUCUGGAAGUGCUCAGGAAGAACUUCCCACUGAGACUGGAAGCAGAGCAUUUCUGUCCCAAGACACAGAUUCCUUACAAACAAGUUGUUGAGAUACAUUUUAUUUUGAAAACUAAGUGCUUAUGGGAAAAGUGACCUUUGUAGGAGGAGGUGAUGGUAGAGUGUGGUCUAUGAGCAUCUAAGCACCCAAACUCCUAAAAGUCUAGUCCUCAACCCCUCAUAGGAAAGUUUGUCUAGCAUGCUUAUGUGAAAUAUUCCUGUGCAUACCUGUGUUUUUUGGAAUGGAAGAUGCAAGUAGUUAGACAGAUGUACUUAGUUUUCUUUUGCCUCUGGCAAAACGUUUGUAAACAUCAAUAUUAAGUUCAGUAGGCCUGAUAACUGAUCUGCACCUUUGCUCAUCAUUGUCAUUUUGCAGAAUUAGCGUGUCUUUCAAGAAAUAAUACAUUCAGUUGCUUUAGUCUUGAGAAGAAAAACAUCCUGUCAUCUUUAUUUAUGUGUUUUUAAGGUCUACUUGUGGAAAUUCCCUAGGCAAUUUUGGCAAAAUAAUUCCUAAACAGUAAUUACUGUAUCUUCACUAAACUGAUGAGAUUGCUUUACUUCCAUAAUCUUCAGCACAUACGCUCACUGCAGGCUGGUGCAAGUUUAGGUUCAGAAAUGUAUGCACAUGUAAGAAUUUGAAAUGGUGUAUGUGUGUAUACAGUUGGUGUAGUGCAUUCUUGUCUGGCUGUCUCAUUGUGAUACUUGCAUAGUGAGAGUAGAGAAGUUAUUGGGGUUUGUUUGUUUCCAAUCCUCUUUGAGGAAUUACUGUAAUCGGACUUUUUUUUUUUUUUUUUUUUUAUUUCUGUCAGUGGAAGAAACACUGGCUGACUUUGUUUCAUUUCUGCUUUCCAGAACCAUUCUUUAUCGUAUUUUGUUAACACUAAAUAAAUUUCUGAUUACAAUUUUUGCAAAACGCACUUGAAAUAGUGGUUUACAAACUCUCUGAGAUGUAGGUGGUACACCAGGAUCUAAAAUAAUUAUUUUAAGAAUAUCUGAAUGAUGCAAUUACUUUUUGAUCACUGCUUGUGAAAAGUAAAAUAAAGCAAAUAUCCUUAUUUGCUUGAAGCAAAUUUAAUUCUGCACAUUGGCUCUAAAAAUGUGCUGGGUGUUGUUUUAGAAUAACUUUAAUGGGGUGAAAAAGCAUUCCGGCUGUUAACACAUUGAAAUUUCAAGCAUGGAAAAGCCCCAAACAGCACUGAAACCUGGAGUUCUCUAUGAUGUUUUCUGCAGUUCUUGUGGGACGGGGAGGAGGGAGAGGGAAGAGAGCUUGGUGCAUCACUGAGCGAAUAAGGCUGGUCAAAAUUCAUGCCUAAUUGUUAAUAACAAUGUAAAAGCAGUGCCCAUUUCUCUUGCUUGCUUUCUAGCUCAUUAAAUUUGUUGUAGAGACUUGUUCUUUUCUCUGUCUCUUAUUUUUCCUUUUAUCCACCUUCUUCUGUCUCUGGUACACAAACACAUAUACCUUGCAUGGAGUUCAGCUCAGUUAACUUAAGUGCCUGAAAGCGGGGCAUGUAAUCCUAGCCAGAUGACCCCUAUAGCAGUAAAAAGAGAUGGAUACCAAUGUUUCAGGUGCUUAAGGACUUUGAUGAACAAGAAUGGAUUGUCUUAGGAUGUCUGCUGCCAUCUCUCUCAGCUUCCCCAUUGUUAUUACAAGAAAGAUGUGGCAUUUUUAUACUUGCUGCCUGAAUCACCCAGUUUCAACCUCCCACUACUUGAAAGUGGCCUAGAAGAAAUAAAUGUUUAGGUGUCUAAAUCCUGAAAGAAUCCUCACAGUUAGUAUCAGUGUAAAGUUACAGUUUCCUUUGUGUGUGUAAAUCACACAUCAACCAAGGAUGGGCAAGACUGAAAUUGAGCAAUGCCCUUACAUGAAGGGGCUUAAACAGAAAUCAGAACUUUUGUGUCCUAUCUGCCAAAAAGUUGCAUUUGUCUUUUUAAACUAUUGUCUGUUUGCUUGUUUUUUUUCUUUUUUUCCUUCCUCUCCCUUAUCUCUUCUUACCUUAUCUUUCUGAAUGAACAAGAUUCAUGCAAGUAAGAUGUUUCUCUUUCCUGGUACCUUUUGGAACUUCCUAGCCUGAUAUCAUUCAAGUUUGAUGGUUGCGGGACAUUUCAGGAAUGAUAAAAUCUCAGUGAUUAUUUUUCAGCAAACAGCUGGUAGCACAGGAAGGACUGCAUGCGUUACUGCACACCCCCAGGUCUGCAUGCUGCCGGACAACCAUUUAAUACCAACAGGCUAGAAGAUGUUGACCCAGGCUCACACUUUCAGUUUUGACUGCAGGCAGUGGAUAUUCUUGAGUUCUUGCUAAAUACAUGCAGUAGAGCUUUGUCUACUGGAAAGACCUUGAGGACAGCUAGAGAGUAUUGGGACAAUGCAGAAAUUAAAGUAGAAAUUAUUUUGUGAAAGGAAGAAGCAACUUCAUUUCAAAGGCUGUGUAAUAGCUUUUCAUCUUGAAGUUUCUAAUAAUCGUGAUGGUGAGAAAGGAUUCCUUGUCUGCCUACAGCUGGGAGGUUUUCAGGUCAUGUUAGGACUUCUGUGAAUACAGAAAUUAACAGAAUUGAGAUACGGAAAACAGAAAGCAAGUCCUAGAGCUCUCCCAAGUCUUUGUAAGUGCGUUAUCAAUACUGAACAAGCUGGCUGAUUUUUCUAUUUUGUAAGUCACCUUUGAAACAAGGACACGUUUCAGCCUUUCCAACAUCUUUUCCAUGACUUCAUCGUUAGAAUUUGUUUGAACAGUUAAAAUGCCAAGUUAAAGUGUGCAGACUGUAUAAACUCAUCCAGAUGGUACCUUUUUUAUUUUGAAUUGCCUCAUUCAAACAGCAAAGAUUGGAAGUUUUAAUUAAAAAAAAAAAAAUGAAAUCACAUUUGGCGUAGCCCCCAAAGCUUUUACCUUAUCAACAGACUGGAUCAAAUAAAUAGCAAAUGCUUACUACACAGUAUAAUAUAUAUCCUUCAUGAAGGCCACGAGGAUGAACUUCAAUAAAAUUUAUUUUAAAAACAUUAAAAAUGCGUUUUAAAAUUUUGAGUCAAUGCCUCAUGAAAUCGGGGCCAAUAUCUGUAACUUAACAAUCUGCUCAGGCCUUGUUAGUAUCUUUGGGCUGUCCAGCCUGUUUUGGGUAGGUAUACAUCAUAUUUGGGCAGCUUCUCAGGUUGUGAUGAGCAAAGCUGCCCUUUUUAUGUUUGCAUGGAAUGUGAAAAGCAAUGCAAAAAGCAGAUUAAUGCUUUGUUUUGCCUUGGCUGUUUGUAUUGCAACGAAGAGUCUUCUUCGCUUUGUCCUCACAGAUAUGCUGCAGCAUGCAGGUUUCUAAAAGAGAACAUUUAGAUGCACUAGGGAAAAAUGGAGCAGGAUCUGCAUUUGAUUUGCAUCUCUACUCUUCUCGUAUGAAGUUAUGUGAAUGAGCCAUGCAUGUUAUAUUUGCUCACCCUAGGAUUGUUGUAGAACUAUGCAGAAGAUGGUGGGCAAUCAGACUGUGAAUUGUCCUCAUUUUUAGCAUCUCUUUUGCCUUUUUGGGAGAAAACAUCCACAAGCAGGUCUUUCAAAGCAGGGAUAGGUGAAAUCUGCAUUUAUACUUUUCUUGAUAACAUUGUAAUAUUGUUAUUGAUAUAUUUUGUAACCUUUGUUCUCCUUUCCAUACAUAUCCUAUAAAAUCUGAGAAAAUUUUGAAGCUACUGUUUAACACUACGUUGCUUAUAUCAGCUUUGGCAAUACCUUAUAUUCAUCUUCUAUAGAUCUGCAGUGCCUGUUGUUACUCUUGAACGUAAGCUCCUAAGACAUGCUUAAAGUCACAGAGAAGUUUCAUCUCAGUACUUGUGUGAGUUGCAAUUGCUUACAUUUUUAAGUGCCUGUCCAGAAACUGUUCAGUCACUUACAAUGUUACUUGCUUUUUGAAGGGCAGAUGUAUUGCAUUUCUAACUAGCUUGAUUUUACAGUUCAUGCCUUUAUGUACUUCUAGCAUCAGCUGAAGUGCUUUGGAAGCAAACCUCCUUAAACUGGAGAUAGCUUGUACUUUCCUACAUUUCUGUCUGAGAACUGGGUAAAGUCUGUGUUAAGGAAUGUUUGCCUCAAAAGCUGUGAUGCGAAAUGCUAUGUUUGUGAUAAUAGAAAGCAGUGGACAUCAUUUAGCUGGAUUAAAUUUCUGCAGACAGUCCUUCUCUCUGGCAUCUUUAUAGGUAAUGUACAGUGAGAGAGAACACUUGCAAGCACAUGCUACAGUGUUAUAGUCGUUUGCUGAAAAUGCUGUCUGCAUAUGAUACAUCUAAAAUGUACGUAUUUUAAAAUUGCUGCAUGCAACCUUUGAAAAAAUAGCCUUUCAAAAAGUUUUCACAAUUUUUACCUAGCAGUGUGUGUUCUGUUAAUGGGAUUGUGCAGAGUGAUAGAUGCUUGUUAUUCAGUUGUGUUUGUGUCCUUUGUUCAGCUAUCUUGUUCUCACCUCCUCUUAUCAACAUUUUUAAAGGCAAACUGUGUCAUGUGACUUCUUUUGUCCCCUGCCUGGCUUACUGUAACAUCCUUGCUGGAGCUGCCAAAUUUAUCUGGGGGACUCUAGAGCCAGUGUGCACCUUGACAUUGUGAUCGUGAGCACACUCAAGUAUGAUAAUGGUCAUAGUUUCACUGGAUAAAUAGGUGGGCCAUACCCUUCCUAUAUGUGCACACCAGUUCACAGCUGUAUGCGUAAUAACUUAAUCAGAUCUUAAAUCAGUCUUUUUUUUUUUUUUGAGAUUGCAGUUAGGCAUGUAUAGUAUCCAUU